AUAAUUCAUCAUCAAAUACAUUUUUUUAAUUGGUUGAAAUCCUAUUUUGAACAGGACAACACAUAAACACCAUGGACCCCAUGGAUGUGGACGACACACCACCAUUACCAUCGGCAACAGCAGCAUCAUCAUCAUUAAAAGGGGUUUUUCCUUACUGUAUGAAUCUGUAUAACAACUUCGAUAAGCUGAGUGAGAGGGAGCGUAGGUGUCUGUAUCUUGGUGGGGAGGAUUCUUUGUGCCCUAUCCCUGCUGUUGUCCAGGACAAGGAUAAGAAGCAAUGGGACAAGUACUGGAAGCUCAUCCACGAUUCCCGGGGUUAUGAGGCGGAUCAUAUUCCGUUUGAUUGUCCUGAUUGGUGGCGAAUAGCAGAACAUGUGACCGUUCAUUACAGGGUCUCUCCACCACCAGGGUUGAGCUCAGAUGAUUUCCUCAACAUUUGUAAGCAAGCAAUUGUAGGAUUCAAUAAUAGCCAUCUGGAACCCAAAUACCAGUUUGUUACGAUUGAGAAUGUCACUUACAGAGAUAGUAUGCCUUUUUUGAAGUUCUACAUCACUUUUGGAGCUUCUAGAGUUGAUGAUCCCAGCGUCACUGAAACCUUUAUAACUAAGUACGUCAAGUGUUAUCAUGUCGGGUUGGAGCAUCUGUCAGGGAUCAAACGUUGUGAACUGAAAAGGGUGUUUCUCGACAACUGGAAAGCUGCAGAGGCUAAUGGUAUGCCUUGUAAACUACCUUGCUGCAAGCCACGGACAGGAACAUAUUAACUUUCCCGAUAUAUACUUCAAAAAAUUAGUCUUGUCAUUGGAUUCUUGUGUCGUUUUGAAUGGAAGUUUCAUCCUUUAUUUUUUUGUAGUGCAAAUAUAUCCCCAAUGUCCGAAAACAAAAAAAAAGAGAAAGAUACCAGAAUGUAGCUUUAUUUGAGUUUAGUUGUUGAUUUCACAGUUAUGAACUGGUGAUAACAGGGGUCGAUUGGUAGGAGGAGGUUACUUUUGCAGGCAGACAUGAUUGCCUCUAACCAGAGUUGUGAAUCUUCGAUGCGAUGUAGUUAUGCAUAUAUUGAAUCCAUCAUUGUUUCCUAUAUAGUUUAGGUGAAAUUGGGUCCUUGCCUGAUAUUUCUUCUAGGUUAUAUCUCUUGCCACUGUCUUGUUUCUUCUAUUGUUUUCUUUAAUUCGACAGUUUCUCCUCUUCAUGCUUCAACUCUCUGAAAACUCUAAGGAGUUGAAACAAAAACAGAAUCCCAACUGAAUACUUUCAAGAGUGGUCUUGUUUUAUUAAUGUCUGGUUCCUUAGCAAGAAAACAU